AUGUGUAUUGGUGCUCAAGAUCUGGUAUGUCAUGCUAAAAGUCUUGACGCUGAUGCCAUCACUAGUCGGAAUCUUGGCUGUGUCACUCAUUCAAUAAUUACUGAUGUUCAUGUCAAUCAACAAGAAAGCAUCCAAUUUUCGGCACCCCUUUCGUCUUUGCCCCACUCCUGCGAUCACUUAUCAAUCGAUAGUGUUAAGAUUGGUCUAAUGAAUGAUGUAGAGAGUGUCAAUCAGGUUCAUAACUUUCUUUGUUCUAUGAAAGAAAAUGGUUGUCCAAUCAUUAUCGAUUUGAUGAACGAGCGGUGGACCGACAAAGUUCUCCAGUCGAUGAUCGAUUCAAUUUUGCCCCUCUCAUCUGUGCUUAUCGCCAGUUACACUAUCGCUCAUCAUAUCGUAACCAGUGGUCAGCAAUCUAUUGAAGGCACAGCGCGCUGUCUCCUCGAAUCAGGUCCAAGAGUCGUUAUCGUUCAAGAUGAGAAUGGACGGCGGUGUAUGGCUAUGAUUGAUAACGAAGCGCUUUUGACAAAACGAUGCUUUUGGUUGCCCAAUCAUGGUAGUCCUUCGAAAUCAGAAGAUUUCUCCAUUGCUAUAGCUGCCUAUCUAGCCCAUGGCCACAUUCCGUUAGAUUUUGCGAUUUUAUAUGGUCAUUUAUAUACAACAGUUGAUGCAUUGCUCCGUUCAUCUUUUCUUCACAUACCAUCACUAACAUUUACCCAAGAACUUUGGUCAUCAGUUGAUGACAUCUACACCAGAACUAUAGAACUUCCAUUUCUCAAAGAGAUGCUCCAUAGUACUUUGGACGAACGUAUUUAUAAUUAUUACAUCGCCCAAGAUUAUCUUUUCUUACUUGAUCGAGGGCGUAUGCUCAAGGGUCUCGUUGACCGAUGCUCAAACGAGGAAGUUCAUCGAUUUUUUAGUACACUCCUUGAUAAAAAUGAUAAGUAUGUUACAACGAUUCUCAGCGACAAUAACUUGCCCCCAUAUGAUGAGAAAACUACAGCAAAAAUGCCUGCGUGUGCAAAUUAUACGAAAUUUAUGCUCACGCCGGUUACAUGUAACGAUGACUUUGCAUGGGUAAGGGGUCUUGUUACUCUUUUGCCUUGCACUCUUGUCUACGCUAAAGUUGGUGACUGGAUGAUCGCAAGUGGUGUACAACCGACAGUCAAACGCUAUGCUGAUAUCAUUGAUUAUUAUCGUGAUCAAGCCAGGCGCGAUCGACUUAUCUACUUUCUUGAACUUACGAAUCGUGUAGUCCAUGAUUUUUCAUUUGAACAAAGAAACAAGUUAAAACAACUCUUUAGGCAAGUGUGUGAAUAUGAGUACGCUUUCUGGGAUGAAUCCUAUCGUUAUGGGACACAGAAGGUGAGAAACUGA